AUGACACGUUCAAUCCCCGGGCUGACCGAGGACGAGCUCGCCGCGUUCAACAGGGAUGGAUAUCUCAUUAUCAAUAAUGCCCUACUACCCGAGACGGUCUCAGCUAUGAUGAAGGAGACGCAGCACCUGCUGUCCUCGUUCUCGGUUGAGGACCACCCACUCACACGUUUCAGCACAGGGACAAAGUCGGAGCAUGUGGGGGAUGACUACUUCUUGACGUCUGGAGAUAAGAUCCGCUUCUUCUUUGAGGAGGAUGCCUUUGAUGAUGACGGGAAGCUUACCAAGCCGAAGGAGAAGGCUGUGAACAAGAUCGGUCACAACCUGCACGGGCUGAGCGAGCCGUUUAAGAAGCUCCUGGAUGAGCAAGGCGCAGUCUCUCGGGGUGAAGUGGCCCCUGCAGCUGUGGCGAGGGCACUGGGAUACCGAGACCCGAGAUGCCUCCAAAGCAUGGUGAUAUGCAAACAACCAGAGAUUGGAGGAGCAGUCCCCCCUCACCAGGACUCUACAUUUCUAUACACGGACACUCCCUCGGCGGUUGGGUUCUGGUACGCGCUGGAAGAUGCCACGCUGGAGAACGGCUGCCUGAGCUUCCUGCCGGGUUCUCACCGCUGGGCGCCCAUAGACAAGCGUCUGGUGAGGAAACCUGGCGAUACCGGGACGGAAAUGGUGGACAACCAGGGCCCUGUAUUUCCUCGGGGCGAGGGAUACGGGCUUGAGACACCAGAGGGAGGCCUGGAUGGGCAGUAUGUCCCUGGAGAAGUCAAGGCUGGAGACUUGGUGCUUAUCCAUGGAAAUUUACUUCACAAGUCUGAGAAGAAUACGUCGCAGAAGGGAAGAAUCAUCUACACUUAUCACGUUAUUGAGGGUGAGGGAUGCCAGUAUGACAAGAGAAAUUGGCUCCAGCCGUCCCAAGGGGGCUUCACUAAAUUGUAUGCUUAA